CAUGACGUCCCCCCUCAUUCCUCCAAAUUCCUAGAUAAUGAGAGAGACCCCGCAAGGCCCGACGUCAGCAUAAGGGGGCUUCGAAAACAGCGGAUUAUCCAAGACGAGAAAACCGGAAUCACCGACGAGCGAAGAAGGAAGAGGGAAGAAUAUGGGCUCGGAAACCAUUAUCCGACGAGGAGGAGGCGAAUGAUUCUACUAUACUUCGUGGUGAAGGUUGGGUGGGUGUGGUUAGAGAUCGAUAAGACAAGACAAAGCGAGAGAAAGAGUGUGUGUGUGUGUGAGAGAGAGAGCGAGCGCCAGAGAGAGAGAGCUGUGGCGAUGGAGGAGCGGCACCAGCGCCGUCUCGCCACCCUCGCCCGGCACCUCCACUCAGGGGGAGAGGAGGAGGAGGGGACCUGCAGCGUUGCGCUCUCGUCGUCCGUGUGCGCCGCGCAAUCCAAUUCUCAUGCGUCGGGUGUGAUGGGACGGAAAUUAAGCAGCUACGAGCGCGUCCACGGGGUCGUGUCGCGUGAGAUUCCCACCUGGGUCCCGGUUCCGCAGCCCGCAGGGCAAGAGUUUCGGGACAUUUUCUACGAGAAGUCCGCUUCCGAUGGCAUUGCCAAGAUUACUAUCAACAGGCCGGACAGGAGGAAUGCGUUUCGACCACUAACUGUUGGGGAGCUGAAGCGCGCCUUUGAUUUGGCGCGUGAUGAUAUGCAAGUUGGUGUGAUUAUCUUCACAGGCAAGGGAACGGAAGCUUUCUGCAGCGGAGGGGAUCAAGCAGUGCGGGGAAAACAUGGAUAUGUUGGAGAUGAUAAUAUUGGCCGCCUGAAUAUUCUGGAUGUGCAGAUGCAAAUACGAAGAUUGCCAAAGCCGGUGAUCGCAAUGGUGGCAGGUUAUGCAGUUGGAGGAGGACAUGUACUGCACAUGGUAUGUGACCUCACAAUCGCUGCCGACAACGCAGUAUUUGGACAAACUGGACCCAAGGUCGGGAGCUUUGAUGCUGGCUACGGUUGUAGCAUGAUGGCACGUUUGGUUGGCCAGAAGAAGGCGCGCGAGAUGUGGUUCUUAGCCAAAUUCUAUUCCGCAGAAGAGGCUGACAAGAUGGGUCUUGUCAACAAAGUUGUUCCUCUGGAAAAACUGGAGGAAGAAACUGUUGUGUGGUGUCGCGAAAUUCUGAGGAAUAGCCCCAUGGCAAUUCGACUCUGCAAGUCGGCCCUGAAUGCUGCUGAAGAUGGUCAUGCCGGGCUUCAGGAACUUGCGGGGAAUGCAACCUUGUUGUUUUAUAAUACAGAAGAAGGACAAGAAGGAAAGACAGCCUUCUUAGAAGGCCGAACACCCGAUUUCUCCAAAUUUCCAAGGCUUCCAUGAUACUCGUGAUGAAUAUUUAGAUUUCGAAGUGUUCGCUAAGGCUCAGAAAUAGUGGAUAAUGGUGCUAGCUUUACUCUAGCGUUAGCGUUGGUCAUUUAGUGGUGGUAAUUUACUUUUCUACUGAAAGGUCUAUCUUUUGAGGAAGAAAAGAAAGGUUGGUAAUGUUAUCAGGAAGCUGGAUCCUUCAUGUUAAUUGACUGUUUGAAAUAA